CUGCACUUCUCUCUCUGUCUUUCUCUCUCCACCCGUCGUCCUGACGCGCACUCACACGCACACCUGUCUCGGGCUCCGCUUGGUCCCGAGGCUUAGGGCUCCGAGUGCGCUCCCUGCAUUCCGAUCUCGCCGCCGUCCGUUGCGGCCUCCGGUUCGCGUCGCGGCUUUGAGUUAAGGGUUAAUUUGUUCGGUGUUGGUGGGGGGAGGUGAUGGUGUCAGGUGGGUGUGUGGGGGCCGAGGGGGAAGCGGGGCCGGAGGUAGCGGUAGCGGUAGCGGUGGAGGAGGCACCUGCGCCCGCGAGGGAGUUGGUGGUGGGGUACGCUCUAACGUCUAAGAAGGCCAAGAGCUUCCUGCAGCCCAAGCUCCGAGGACUCGCCAGGAAAAAAGGCAUUCAAUUUGUUGCAAUUGAUCAAAAACUUCCACUGUCAGAUCAAGGCCCUUUUGAUGUUGUCCUGCAUAAGUUGACUGGAAAGGAGUGGCAACGGCGGUUGGAGGAAUAUAGGGAGACACACCCAGAAGUUACUGUUCUUGAUCCACCAGGUGCCAUUGAACAUUUGCUCAAUCGCCAAUCUAUGCUUCAAGAAGUUUCUAAACUGGACCUCACGGAUUGUCAUGGUAAAGUUGGUGUUCCCAAGCAGCUAUUCGUUAACACAGAUCCAUCAUCAAUACCAGCUGCAGUUAUGCGGGCUGGGUUAUCUCUUCCAUUAGUGGCAAAGCCUCUGGUGGCGAAGUCUCAUGAGUUAUCUCUCGCUUAUGACCCAACUUCCUUGACGAAGCUUGAACCCCCUUUAGUUCUUCAGGAAUUUGUUAACCACGGUGGUGUAUUAUUUAAAGUCUACAUUGUCGGGGAUGCAAUUAGGGUUGUUCGCAGGUUUUCGCUGCCUAAUGUAGAUGAAGGUGAUCUAUCAAAUAAUGCCGGAGUGUUCCGGUUUCCAAGGGUCUCUUGUGCUGCAGCUAAUGCGGAUGAUGCAGAUCUUGACCCUCAUAUUGCUGAACUUCCUCCAAGACCACUGCUCGAGAUAUUGGCAAGAGAGCUGCGGCGCCGACUGGGUCUUAGGUUGUUCAACAUUGAUAUGAUCAGGGAGCAUGGGACAAGAGAUCGAUUUUAUGUCAUAGACAUGAACUAUUUUCCUGGGUAUGGUAAAAUGCCUGGAUAUGAGCACGUUUUCACCGAUUUUCUGCUGAGCCUAGAUCAGAAGGAAUACAAGAGACGACCAAGCUAUACGUCGGGCGAGGGGUGAAAACUUGAGACCCCUUCUCUUUGUCAGUAUGUUGUCUCGCAUUCACUGUGUGUACAAAUGUGCAUGUCAGGAGACCGAUCAGCUCAUCUGUGGUAGAGUUGGGCAUCAGUAGUUGCGGUAAAGCAGCGAGGACUGAGUCGAAUUGUAAUUAUUAAUUUUGCAUUUGCUAACUCAUCUGUUCAUUCUCGAAUAAAUUUUGCUCGCCCAAGUUAGGGCAUCUAUAAAAGUGUUAAUUAGCUGGCUCUUGAUUGAA